AUGUUCAUCGGAGAUGUGGAGAAGGAGCUAGAAACAUCGGCGAAGUCAAGUGCAACUCCUGUGGCUUCCCCGGUAGCGGAAAACUGCUCGAUGGUAUCGACGCCCGCAGCAACCAAUACUUUGGUUCAGGAGCAGCAGGUCCCGCAGCUCCAAGAGGCAUCGGGAGGGAAAGACCCCUCGGAGAAUAACACGCAGAGCGCUGGAAUGGCCGCAAUGGCCGAAACCAUCAAGGCCCUGACGGCGCAAAACGCGGCACUGCAAGCCCAGGUAGCAGAGUUAAUGGCCAAGGUAGAGAGGCUCCUGGAAGCCCAAGCCGCCCAAGCCAUCCAGCAGGCCCAACUGGUGGAAGAGGGUCGAAAGAACAUUAGGGAAAUGGUUCGCGAGGCCAUGGGAGAAAAACCAAAGCCCAAACAACUGAGCAGCAGCAUCAGGAAUGAGGUCAAAGAGACAGUGUCACUGCCACCGCGAGCACAGCAGCAGCAGCAUUCGAAGCCACAGCAGCAGUCACAGCGGCAGCAGGGGCAGAAGCAGCAGCAGUCGCAGCGGCAGGGGGGGCAGCAACAGCAGCAAAGGCAGCAGCAGCAGCAGGACGAGGGCUUCCGGACAGUAGACAAGAAAGGUCGCCCGAUCUACAAUAAGCAGCGAGAGGAGUCUCGGGUGAACAAGGAGAAUCCCAAGGCCAACAUGGGCAAGAGGACUGAGAUUCCCAGCGAAAAGCGUUCGUUCGCCGAGACGGUAGUGGGAAAUGGAACGACUAGGCCGCAAGCAGGAGCAGUCCCAGCCACACGCCCGCAGGGCGAUUCUCGACCCCCGAGGCCAGCGCUGACCAAAGGAAGACCGGACGUCAUCACAGUCUGCCCGCCAGCGGGGGUUAGCUACCGGGACGUGUUCGUCAAGGUCCGAGCUCUAGAAGAUGUCGCGGAUAAGGUCCAGCGCGGGGAGCGCACUGCAGCCAAUAACCUGACCAUGACCCUCAAGAGGAAGGUGGACGCCCAGGCGGUGUUCGAGCGGGUACGAGCAGCAGCACCAGAGGGCAGUGAGGUGCAUCUUCGGCUCGACACGGCCGUGGUAACGUUCAAAGGAGUAGACAUGUUGGCCGAGCGCAAGGAUGUCGCGAAGGCCAUUUCAGACCAGUUCGGCGAGGAGGUCAGCGCGGAAUGUGUCACCCUCCGGCGAUUUUACCAGGGAGAUCAGCGGGCGUUCGUCAGGCUGCCAAGGCGGAUUGCCAACGCGCUGGUAGGAAACCGCCUGGUCUUUGGAUACAGUAGCUGCUGGGUUGACUUCGCCCCAGCCAGGCCAGUUGAAGAGAUGCGCUGCCACCGCUGCCUGCUUCGCGGGCACAUUGCGCGCUCCUGCCCCGGUCCAGACCGUUCCGCACUGUGCCGUCGGUGCGGUGGGCAGGGCCACAAGGCUGCAGGCUGCAGCAACCCAGUGAAGUGCCUGGUGUGCGGAGGACCGCAUGCUACCGGCACAGAUAAGUGCAAGAACCGCCGUCAGAAUUCAACGUAG